AUGGCGCUGGAGUUCCUACAUUUUAGUUGUAAACAAAUCGAAUCGACCACGACUUGCUCAACAAUCGAGCUCAAUCUCUCUCUGCAAGGUACGAUAACAAUUUUAACUCCCCUUCUACCAAAAGUUUCGUCCAUGUGGCGGUCUAUUCAAGCAGUUGCUCUGAGAUCGGUGGCCGCUAGUUCGGUUCGACGCGUUCACCAGAAAUGCACAGUAAACGCACAGGAACUCAAAGGAAGGGCAAUCGUCAAAGUUUCUGGAGUGGAUGCCGGUCCGUACCUUCAGGGUCUUAUGACAAACGAUAUCAAACACUUGGACGAAGAUAACAAUCCCAACAUGUACUGCAUGUUCCUCAACCGGCAGGGAAGAAUACUUUACGAUGCCAUCAUCCACUCUUCAAAAGAAUCUGGCAGCUACCUGAUUGAAUGUGAUGCAGAGUGCUCGGAAUCUCUAGCAAAACACCUCACCAUGUUCAGAGUCAGAAGGAAGGUGGUUAUCUCUGUAGAGGAAACACUGAAGCCUUGGGUUCUCUUUGAUCAGCCCCCCGAAGAUCUCAGUAAUGAAGUCAUUUUAGCCCGAGAUCCCAGAGUCAAGGAACUGGGAUGGCGAGUGUUGGUUGAUUCCAACAAAAGUCUAAGUCACCUAAUAAAGAAUCUCUGCGUGGACAACACUGAUCGAUACACUGAACUCAGAUAUAAACUUGGUGUGGGAGAAGGCUCUCGAGAUAUGCCACCCGGCACAUGUUUCCCACUCGAAUGUAAUUGCGACUACCUGCACGGCGUCAGCUUCCAUAAAGGGUGCUACUUGGGACAGGAACUUACGGCCAGGACUUACCACACGGGUGUAACCAGAAAACGUUUGAUGCCGGUUGUCUUCCAACAGCCUUCCGAUUCCAUCCAGUUAGAAUCGACCAUUUCUGAUGAAAACGGACAACGGGUGGGAAAACUACGAGGAUAUCUUCACGGAUCAGUUUACGGUCUCGGCCUCUUGCGGAUACAACAAGCCCUCUCUUCUUCUCAAUUGAAAAUCGACUCGAAUCUAAUCGAAACCCACCGACCGGCUUGGUGGCCCAUUGAAGCGCCCAAAGAUCGCGCCCAACUUGAAUCUAGCUCUUAAAAUAAAAAGACUACCCCCACAAUAGAUACAUUUUACAUGUGUUUGGCAUUUCAAUUUGUUACAAUACAAUGUUUUUCUCUGUU